UGUGUGACAAUGCGGUUGAUAAUUGUGUCGAUUUUUGUGUUUUUGGCCCAAAUCGAGGCCAAAACUUAUUAUUUUAAUUUAAAUAAAACAAGUAAUGAAUUCAUGGUCAGAAAUCGUGUCAAUUUGAAUAAAACUGUGGCUAAUUACCCGCAAAUAAGCGAACUCAGGAAUAACAUUACGCGCAAAAUUGCCACUAAUGACACAAAAACUCAUAUUCACCCACUUUUGGACCCCGAAUGGAACUACAAUUGGACAAAUAUCACCCGAAAUAACCUACCAUCGUAUAUUUAYAAGUAUUACGAAGCUUAUUCUCGAAAUGAGGCCGGUCCUGUUCACAUAAUCUUCAACGCAAAUCCGUUAAAUUCAACCAUAAUUAAAUUUAAAACACGUAAAUUCGAGUUUGACGAUGUCGAGUUACAUUUCUACCACAAAGUUGACGCAAAUUUGACCCAAAAACCGCUAAUUUUGCGCCUCUACCAAGCACAAAACGAAAUUAAUGAAACGGCUUUGAUAAAUCCAGAUUCACACAAACUCCUUAAUGUUAUUUACAUUUAUCAGGCUGAAAGUGGGUGGCAGGUGUUUAAAUUAAGCAAAUCGUUGCAUAAUUGGGUAAAAGACCCAAAAAACUUGUCAUUAUUUAUCACAAUUUCGAAACCAAACGACGAACAAUUCACACUUUUCAAUGACAGUAACAGAAACGCUUUCAGAACUUUCCUUAUCCUGAAAUCGGAGUCAAGAAACGGAGCAAAUGACGCUGAAAUCGCUGAAAAUAACGCUUGCAGACGCCAUGACUUGUACAUAGACUUCCAAAAACUGAAUUGGACGAAAUUCAUUAUAUCUCCAGGGGGGUACAACGCGUACAAUUGCCACGGGACGUGUUACCGCACCGAACAACUCCCAAAUCACAAGAAAACCACGAGUUUUUUCCCCGAAUUGGGGCGCAAAACCCCCUGCUGUGCCCCCACUAGAUACACGCCGCUUGCGAUAAUGUUCUACGACAGAAACGGCAAUAUUGUGAUGAAAUUUUACCCCGAAAUGGUCGUUUCUGCGUGUGGUUGCAGAUAAUCAUUCAAUUCAAACUUUAUUAAACAAUUAUACAAUACU